CCUCGGCAUUAACUUGCGAGGGGAGCCGGGAUUGCACAAAGCUCCCCCGGCCAUCUGCCCUUGGGGGCCGGCGGCGCAGCGCUGCCGGCAGGGCUGGGCAGGGCAGGGCAGGGCUGGGCAGGGCUGGGCAGGGCAGGGCAGGGCUGGGGGUGUUCUGGGGGUUCCCCCGGCCCCGAAGUUGGCUGCUCCGCCGGGAGCCCCGCGCCGCAGAGCUCGCUCCCGGUCCCUCCUGCUGAUGAGCUCUGCCUUUGCCCUGACCAUGAAAGAGAGAGGAGACCCCAGGUAGCCCCAUGGAUUGCAGCUGAAGGCUUUGGGAACUUGGUGCUCCGUUGCCAAAAGGCAGAAUUGGACAGGAAUCCUCGCCACCACCGCAGGACACAGCGGGAGAAGCCAAAGCCAGCCCUGCCCCAGUCACCCCAGUGACCACCCAGCAGCUGCUGGGACCACCACGGGUCUGGGCACCGACCUGCUCACGCUGACACAACCAUCCUUUGGGAAAAAGGAAUUUCAGCUCCGAGCUCCAAGCAGUCUCUCUUGUCAGAGUUGUACUGAUGGCCAGAUGCUCUAUUUAUUUUAUGUGCUAAAUGUUCUAACACCCCAGUAAUUAAGGCAGACACAGUUUAAGGCACUUUCCACAGCAACGCAGUUGGAGCAGAGCAGAAGGUUGAGGAAAACCUGAUCCAGCACCAUCUCACGGCCUCUCCAAUUUACUCCUAUCAAAUUUCAUCAGCAACUCAGAACUUGAUCUUUGUAUUGAUUGACUGGAGUCACCUCUAGAUAUUUUCAUGCUGAUUUGGAAGACCUUUCGUACAAUAAAAGGGGGAAAAAAUGAGGUUAAGGAAGACUUUUGACCACUGAUCAGCAACUCUGGCCAAAACUUUCCCAAUCAAGUGAAUUGCUAAGUCGGCUUCCGUGCCAAGAGGAACUUUCCACGUCCAGGUCCAGCGUGCAGAGUGGGAUCAUCCCUGUUCCUGCGUGGAUCUCCUUCGAGUGGAGCAUUUUUAGAUGAGGAGUUUCCAUGCUGAUCCCGAGAGCCACCCCUAGCCCAGCCGCCGCCUUCCUCGGGACUCCCGGCGCUGCCCUCGCCCAGGGCGCCCGCGCCUGGCCGCAGCUGCCAUGCUCUACCUGGCUGCUCUCCUCGUGCACUGCGUGCCCCUGGCCAUGGCACAGUAUGACAUUUGCAAGUCCUGGGUGACCACGGACGAUGGCCCCUCAUGGGAGUUUUAUGCGUGCCAGCCCAAGGCCAUGCGGAUGAAGGAUUACGUGACCGUGCGGGUGGACCCGGCAGGAAUCACUUGUGGGGACCCUCCGGAGAGGUUCUGCACCCAUGAGAACCCGUACCUGUGCAGCGACGAGUGCGACGCCUCCAACCCCGACCUGGCUCACCCGCCCAAGCUGAUGUUCGACAGCGAGGACGAGGGCCUGGCUACCUACUGGCAGAGCGUGACCUGGCGCCGGUACCCGGAGCCGCUGCUGGCCAACAUCACCCUGUCCUGGAACAAGAGCAUCGAGCUCACCGACGACAUCGUCAUCACCUUCGAGUACGGGCGCCCCACCAUCAUGAUGCUGGAGAAGUCUCUGGACAACGGGAGGACUUGGCACCCGUACCAGUAUUAUGCAGACGACUGCAUGGAGGCCUUCAGCAUGCCAGCAAGGAGGGUCCGGGACCUCUCCACCACCAGUGCCAACAGGGUCCUCUGCACCGAGGAGUAUUCCCGCUGGGCGGGCUCCAAGAAGGAGAAGACCGUCCGCUUUGAGGUGCGGGAUCGCUUCGCCAUCUUCGCCGGCCCCGACCUCAAGAACAUGGACAACCUGUACACGCGGCUGGAGAGCGCCAAAGGGCUCAAGGACUUCUUCACCGUCACCGACCUGCGCAUGAGGCUGCUGAGGCCCGCCCUAGGGGGCACCUACGUGCAGAGGGAGAACCUGUACAAGUAUUUCUACGCCGUCUCCAACAUCGAAGUCACCGGCAGGUGUAAAUGCAACCUCCACGCCAACCUGUGCACCUUCAAAGAGGGCAGCCUGCAGUGCGAGUGUGAGCACAACACCACGGGCCAGGACUGUGGCAAGUGCAAGAAGAACUUUCGCUCCAGGUCCUGGCGAGCAGGCUCCUACCUGCCUCUCCCCAACGGGUCCCCCAAUGCAUGUGCAGCUGCAGGCUCAGCCUUUGGCACGUACGAGCGGCCGCAGCGAGUAAACACUGCAAAAACCACCACGGCUAAAACCACCACGGCUAAAACCACCACUGCAAAAACCACCACUGCAAAAGCCACCACCACCACCUCAACCACCACCUCAACCACCACCACAGCCACCACCACCACCAGCAGCACCCCCCUACCAGCCACCACCACCCAGCCAGCAAGCAUCAUCAGACCAGCCUCUGAGUUUGCUGCCUCAGUGCCCGUGACAGAGCCACAGAACAACCCAGACUUCCCUGACUUGUCAGCGGCUGCCCCGCUGCAGGUGGGCUCUCCCCCAGCCAAGGCUGGCCCAGGAGCACCAGCAGCACUUGGAGAGAAGCUGAAGCCACCAGAGCCUCCUGAGAGCAUGAGAGCGGCUCCGAAGAGCAAACCAGGGCGCACAGCACACUCUGCAGGCAAGAAGCACAAGAAAAAGACAGCAUCCUCAAAGAGCUCAAAACUCAUCCGGCUCAAACCAAACUCUGGCCCAGUGGCUCCCAUUGAAACAUACAAAGACUGCGAGUGCUACGGCCACUCCAACCGCUGCAGCUACAUCGACUUCCUGAACGUGGUGACCUGCGUGAGCUGCAAGCACAACACGCGGGGCCAGCACUGCCAGCACUGCCGCCUGGGCUUCUACCGCAACAGCUCCGCCGAGCUGGACGACGAGAAUGUCUGCAUAGAAUGUAACUGCAACCAGAUCGGCUCCAUGCACGACCGCUGCAACGAGACCGGCUACUGUGAGUGCAGGGAAGGCGCCACGGGGCCCAAGUGUGACGACUGCCUGCCCAACUACUACUGGAGACAGGGCUGCUUCCCCAACGUGUGCGAUGACGAGCUCCUGCUCUGCCAGAACGGCGGCACCUGCUACCAGAACCAGCGCUGCAUCUGCCCCGUGGGCUUCAAGGGCGUGCUGUGCCAGCAGUCCCGCUGCGAGGCGGACAAGCAGGACUGUGACGGUGCCCCCGGUGCCCGCGGCAGCCCGGCCGCCCUGGCGCUGGCCGUGCUCGCCCUGCAGCUGCCAGGCUGGGUGGAUCUCUGAGGCUGCGCGGCGAGCCCAGCCCGGGGGCCUGGCGACACCGAGGGGACGGGUGGCCGUCCCCAGCGCCUCCUCCUCCGCCUUCCUUCACGCUAGGACUUGCACAACGUCUUUGGGGCCACUUUCCAAGCAGAGAGGUACGCAGGGAGCCCGGCGCUGGGUGCUGCCAAACCGGGGGGGCCGUGCCCGGUGGGGACACGGGGACAGCAGCAGCGACAUUCUGUGUGGGACAUGGGGACAGCAGCAGCAUUCUGUGUGGGACACAGGGACAGCGAUAUUCUGUGUGGGACACGGCCUGUCUGCCCUCCUGGCACAGGGACCUGUCCUGCCCCUGCACAGGGAUCUGUCCUGCCCUGCACAGGGCGGCCCGGGGUUCCAGAACAGUGCCGCGAUCCGAGGGAUGGUUUUUUUAAUUCUUACUUUCUUUACUUUGGUAUAGGCCGGGGUGGUGUUUUCAUUUUCCCUCCUCUCAGCGUCCUGGUUUGGGAGAGCCUGUGGUGCCAAGAGCGGAGCCCCAGCACGCAGGGGACAGGAGGGAGGGGAGAGGGGACUCCGGUCCAUCCCUGCUGCAAAUCCCACACCCCACCACGGGCCCGGCCUGGCCACGCACAUACUGUUGCCUACGACUGUAGUUGCUGCAUUGAUUUUGUAUUUUCAUGGCUGGGUUUUGUUUUCUUGCACUGAUGGAGAACACAGGGGCCGUGAGGCGUUCGGAGCGUGAGGAGUGCAGUGUCUUAUCCACACAUGUCCGUAUGGUGUACGGGUCAAAUUCUUCUUUUGGUAGAGACUUAUUUUUGUUUGGAUUAAAUGUUAUAACAGAACCACGACCUAAAGGGACAUUUUAUCAUGAGCAUUUGAUUCUGGUGUAUCCUCCUCCAGUAAAGCAACUAUUAAUGGCUGCUUGAUCACCACGUUUUCCUUUUUGUGUGCACAGUUAAUUACAGGUAAAGACUUAUUUUUGGAUUCAUAAUGUCCUCUUGUGUUUUCUGAGUCACUACCAAGGUGCACCACAUGGUGAGGGAGAGGGGAGGGAGAGAGAGGUUGCCUCAUCACUGAGAGCUGUUAAUUAUUUCUCCUAAUUACUUUGCUGAGCCUAGGUUAGACUACUAACUGUAGACAAUGAGCAAAGCCUGAGUGAUAUAUUAAGCACUGGUCUUGUGUGAAAAGGCCAUUUCCAAAUGAGCCUGCAGCAGGAAAAGGCUGGCCAGGGCAGGAAUGCUUCUCCAUGGGGACCUCAGCUGUCCCAACCCCACUGCAGCCCCCUCCAGCUGGUGCCAUCAUGCACCUCUGCAGAAAAUGCUGUAUUCUAAAGCAACCACAGCCAGUAUUUUUAAGCAGCAAUAUAGAGCUCACAGGGAUUAUAUUAACUCAUUAAGGCUCAUCAACAUGCUCCUGUCUGAGGAGGCAUUUACAGCCAAGCACAUAAAUGAAGGCAGGAGAAACCAGAGACAAGAAAAGAAGUAACUCAGUCAGCUCAAUGGGAAUGUCAUAAACACAGGAGCCCUUGUGUGGUCAUAUUUGGAUAUUUACCAUGCCAGGAGAUGAUUGAGUGCAGGUUUAGAGGAUGGGGACACCCCCAAGUCCAGUUUGUUCAGUUCUAGGCUGGUUUCUUUGUCAGGUGAGCUUUGGAAAAGGAGAGAAAACCCAGAGUGAAGGUGCAGGAUGGAUAUUGUCACUUCAAAGAGCAACACACAUUCAAAGCAGCAUUUAACAUCACAGAGGCAGAGCACAGGGCUUAGUUAAUCCACUAUAAAGUAAAAGAGGGUUCAACUCACCCUGAUUUGCUCCUUGGGGCAGAGGGCUGGCCCCAGCAUUGCCUCCCUGGCUUCAGCACAGUUGGUUGCUCUCUGUUGGACACUCACUCUUUUCUUUGUGCUUUCUGACUGCAGCAGACCUUAAAUAUGUUACAGCUCUCACAAGUAAUAGCAAAGGCUGUAACAAGAUCAAGAUCUCUAAUGGCACUUCUGGAGGGUGAAGCAACAUUCUCCUUUGCCUGCACGACUGUUUUUCUCUAGAAUAUUAGAUUAAGCAACAGAAAAUUUACUACUUCAUAAAGCCAGGCAAACUCUGCACCCAGCAGAUUCCCUGCAAACACACACUUUUAUUGCAGGAACGUGCCAAGCAAAAGCACCAAACUCCUGUAGAAAAUAACCUCAGAAAGGCACAGCAAAGCUCAGACCAGUCCAGGAAUGAAGGCUGCUGAAAACUACACUUGACCUUUCUGGGUUUGGGGCUUUGCUCUUGGUUGUUUGGGUAUUGGCUGUUUGGCUUUGGGGUUUUAGAGUCACACGUGCUGUAGAACUUGGAAUCACACAAUGCAAGGCAGAAGAGAAAAUCUCUCACACAAAACUCACACUUAGUGCUCAAGAAAACAAUUUAAAGCUUCUGAGAUCUUCAGCACUGAGGACCCAUUAACUGCAGCAUCUGUUACAGGGUGUCUGCACAAAGAGAACAGAGCACCAUUGAAACAACACAGAGAAACCAUCACUGCAAGUACCCACAGAUCCCAAAGUUCAUCUCCAAGGCAGAAGUUUUGUACAUCAGUUAUUGCUUCCAGAUGGGAGAAGUUGUCCAAUGAGCUUGAUACUUGUGGAAAGGUUACCCAAAAGGUACUUCUCCUUCUGAGAAAAGCCACUUAUGCUCUUUCAAGAGGUUCCAUGUGCAUCCUGCCACCAGCAUUUGAUUGGUUUGGAAAAGUUUUUAAAUUACACUUCUGCCUGCAAAGAGUGACCUCUCCAAACAGCAUAAGUAGAACGUUUGAUUUUUCUUGUUUACUUCAAAUUCUACUCUGAUUUUAACUAUUCAGAGUUCUGAUAAAUCCAAACAACCAAAAGCCCCAAGGAAACAAAAACCUUCCUGAUGCACAUUUGCUCACUUGCCAGGUAAAAUGUUAAAGCUACAGUUCCUGGGAGCUGGAGACAGGAGGGGGGAAAAGAAUUCCAUUGCCAGUUCCCAGGUAUGUUAUUUGUUUUUUUUUAAAGAUGAGGCAGCAGACAUCUCAUCUGCAAGUGAUUCGUGAGGAGCCCUGCAGAGGCUGGAGAGCGAGAGAACCAACACUUUUUAAUGGGAAUAAAAUGGUCUCACUGCCCUGUUCUGCUCUGUAAUUUGCUUUCAUGAGAAGCCUCAAAUGUAAAUAAAACAAAGUAUAAAGGAAGAGCUGAAUGUUGUUGCUCAGAAAUAAGAGCAGAGCUGGGUUUUGGAGAGCUUUAUACUCACAUCAUCUCAGCCCUUCUGGCUGGGAGCUGGAGAGUUUGGCCACGAUCACACAGAAAAUGGCUAAAAAAUCCCAUCCUGAUUUGAGAUGCAGAGAAAAGCUUCAGACCCUCCUGAAGGCUCCUUUGGCUUUUUGAUUCUCAAGGUGUUCUAACAACUUUCACUGCAGGGUGAAACGUGUGAGGAAAGCCUAAACCCACCCAUUUUCACCACAUAACUGCCAGCAACAAUAAGCAGGGUCCAAAAGCUCCAUCCUGACCCCACUCUGUGUCACUGCAGGGGUUAAAAUAGAGGGGAAAACGAUGGGAUUUCUCAUCCUGACCACACUCUGUGGUUUAACACUGCAGGGGUUAAAACAGAGGGGAAACUGAUGGGAUUUCUCUGUAGCAAAGGGAGUUCUUGCUUCAUGGCACAGUGAAAUCAGUGGCAAUGCUGCACAGCUGCACCAGGCUAUAAAAUCAGGUUUUCUGUGUUUUCCCAGUACCAGAUGUAAUGUGCUCUCAGACCACUUUCAUUUCUAUCAUGCUUUUCCUGGGAGUUGGUGGCAAAUUAGCCAAGGGCUGAGCAGCAGACAGGUACAUAUGGCCAGGAGGUCUCAUGGCAGUGAUAUUCAAUGUACAAGGCUGCUUAGCUUACAUUUAUUUGCACUAAAGAAUAAGGCACUGGGCUCCUUUCCAAGCAGCUUAAAAAGACAAGAAAAGAGACCCGUUGUGGCAAGAGACUGUAUUAUAUCAUUACCAUUAUAAAUUCCAUUUACAAUCCAGCAGUCAUUUCAUCCAUCAUUUAUUCAUGCACAAUGGAGAGAGCAUCUUGCAGCUUUAGGACCAUGGUUCUGCUCAUCCAUGGGGCUGCUGUGAAUGAACAGCCCAGCUCCAGUUUUGGGAGCCUUCUCUCCACACUUCAGAGAUUGCCAAAAAGCAAAAGCCAGCUCUGGAAUUACUGGAGUUCCAUGUUAUUUUUCAGGUGUUGUCUGGGAAUGUUUAGCCCCAGUUGAUGCAGUCACAAAUGUUGUGUUGCUCUGGGAGCCCAGGCUGCUCUGUGCUUGUCCCCACGAGUGUGGCAGGGUGAGGGCUAUUCCCAUUCCAUGGAUUAGCAGAAGUGCCUUGCCAGCCUGCACCCCUCAUUAAACCCCUCUGCUAAUUAGGAUUGUAAGGACUCAGGGUCUCACCAGCACUGGGAAUGUGAUGGAGACUGGCAGGAGGGAGAGGCUGAUGUCCCUCCUGUCCCCACAGAGCCUGGCACAGUCCAGGGGCACCUCCAGCUCUCAGCACCCCUUGUCCCACCCAGCCAGGAGCCAACAGCUCCCUCCUGCACUCCCCAGAGCGGAUAAUAAACUGAUAAAUAAACAGAAGUGCCCCACACAGAGCCCAGGGCAGCACAGUGACCCAGAGCCAAGGAACACAGACCAGACAAGCACCUGCCAUGCCCUCACAUCGCCAUGAUUGGCAGCAACAACAUGGAAAAUAACUACAGCAAACCUUAAAGGGAAAAGGAACAACCAGUUAUAUCCCACCUUUGCUGCAAAGCCUGUUUUGUGUACAAAGAAUAAAUUAAUGAAACUUCCACACUCUGAAAACCCUGAACAAAACAUGGUCCAGCUCUUACAAGAGACUUUCCCUCCCUCCCAAGAACAGAGGGGACUGGCUUUGCACUGAGAAUUCAGCUCCAGCCUUGGAAGCAGCAUGGAAGCCUCUCUAAAAACCUGGAUACUGCUUCUUCCAAGCACAGCCUCCAAUAAAGUGUUUUACAUAAAGUUGUGUUGAGUACAUUUCUUUACUGACUUUUCCAACUUUAGCACUCAGUAACCACUGAAAAGCCUCCUCCAAGGGCCACCAGCUCUGAGGAGUUAUAAAUGACCACAGCAAGUCUCUGCUCACAGCUUACACACUGAGUGCCCAUCACUACUCAGUGCUUUGUACCACACAGAGAAUUUAUGAAAAUUGUGCCUGAUCUGUUUGUUCCUCACUGGAGAUUUGAGCCAGUGAGAAGUGUGCUUUGGAUUGCAUUUUGUUCAGUUUUCCAGGUAUAAACAAGAGGAGAAGCUAAAGCUACAAACCUACUCUGAGUGGUUUGUGAAGAGGGAAAAGUGUUUAAGUGCAAUAACCCAAGCAUGUUUUUAUUGACAAAUAAAGGACUAAUGACACAGACUGACAUGGCAGCAAUAAUCUACUGCUGAAGACUGACAAUUUAAGUCAGAUAAAUCUAGUAUUAAACCAGCAAAAAGGUCUGGGCCACUGAAUACACCUCAAAGAUGAUUUAUGGAUAAACACAGGCAUUAUAGAGUAUAACUAAAAUAAAAUGUUAAAACAAAAUUCCUUCCAGCACGUGCCUAGCACUGCUCUCAGAACACGUUCUGAAAUGCAAGGUAAGGAAGGAAGAAAACUAGAAGUUUCACAGCAACAUUCUAGUCACCAAAUUGCUUUUAAUAACCAGAAAAGCAUUUCCUCGUUCAUUUUGUUGCCAGCUUCACUUUAUUUACAUCAAGACAGUCCAAAUGGCUUCCACAGCCAUGGGGUUUGCAGAGCAGCAGCCUCUUAAUGUGCUAAGUACAAACAGCAGGCAGGGCAGCACAGCCCUGCCAACGAGAGCCAAGGGGCUUGGAAGAUGACAGUUUUUAAAUAUUCCUAUUAACAUAAAG